AUAAACUUAGUUGAGCACAGUAUCUGUUCCCUGUUCGCUUUUGUUUCGAUUUUCUGUUUCUUUCCAUUUCCCCUAUAGAUAUAUCCAAAAUGUUGAGAUGGACAAUUCUAAGGAUGAUGUUAUUGCUGUGGAUGACAAGAGUAACACUUCAGGGUGGCACAGGGUACCAACCUCAAAAAUCAAAUGGCAAUGCAGCACCGAUUUCACCAGGAGGUUAUGGUUCAAAUAACAAUGCAGCAAAUCUGAAGGGAUAUGGUGUUUAUGGAGGUGCACAAAAUAAGCCUGCAAAUAGAGGUCAUCUCCCACAUGGUUAUGGAAAUGGGAAUACUAAUGGUAACAAUGGCUACAAAGCUCCAUCAUAUGGGGGCUAUAGCAAUUUAUUGGGCACUCAUCCCCGAAAAGGAGCUGGUUUAGGUUUUGGUGCUGGGCCUGCAGCAACUAAGGGACAAGGUUCAAAUCCCGGAGGCUCCUCACAGUAUAUGGGAAACACAAAUGGAGGAACAAAGGGACCUAAACCAGGAUAUGGUGCUCAAGCUGGGCAAACCAAUGGACAAAUAGCCAAGCCUAAUGGUUAUGGGGGAUAUCCUAAUGGAGGUGCAGCUAACCAGCCUAAAACAGGAUUUUCUCAGUACAUGGGGUAUCCUAAUGGUGGAACUAAGGGACCUAAACCAGGGUAUGGAGGAUAUCCUAAUGGAGGUGCAGCUGUCCAGCCUGGUACAGGGUCUUCACAAUACAAGGGAUUUCCCAGUGGUGGAAUCAAAGGACCUAAUCCAGGAUUUGCUGCUAAUGCUGGAGCAUCUAAUGAAAAAGGAGUCAAGCCUAAUGGAUAUGGAGGAUAUCCAAAUGGAGGUGCAGCUAACCAGCCUAAUGGAGGCUCCUCACACUAUAUGGGUUAUCCCAACGGUGGAACCAAGGGACCUAAACCAGGAUAUGGUGCUAAUGCUGGACCUUCAGCUGGACAAGUUGCCAAGCCUAAUGGAUAUGGAGGAUAUCCCAAUGCAGGUGCAACUAACCAGCCAAAUGGGGGGCCAUUUCAAAAUAUGGGUUACCCCAAUGGUGGAACCAAGGGCCCUAAACCAGGAUAUGGUGCUAAAGCUGGACCCUCGGCUGGACAUGUAGCCAAGCCUAAUGGAAAUGGAGGAUAUCCUAAUGGAGGCGCAACUAGUCAACAUAAUGGAGGCUCUUCUCAAUUUAUGGGUUAUCCCAAUGGAGGAACCAAGGGACCUAAAUCAGGAUAUGGUGCGAAUGCUGGACCUUCAGCUGGACAAGUAGCCAAGCCUAAUGGAAAUGGAAGAUAUCCUAUUGGAGGCGUUGCAAACCAGCCUAAUAGGGGAUCCUCUCAAAAUAUGGGCUAUCCCAAUGGCAGAACUAAGGGACCUAAACAAGGAUAUGGAGGAUAUCCUAAUGGAGGCGCAGCUAACCAGCCUAAUGGGGGAUCCACUCAAAAUAUGGGUUAUUCCAAUGGUGGAACCAAGGGACCUAAACAAGGAUAUGGUGCUAAUGCUGGACCUUCAGCUGGACAAGUAGCCAAGCCUAAUGGAUAUGGAGGAUAUCCUAAUGGUGGUGCAACUAACCAGCCUAAUGGGGGCUCCUCUCAAUAUAUGGGUUAUCCCAAUGGUGGAGCCAAGGGACCUAAAGCAGGAUAUGGUGCUAAAUCUGGACCUUCAUCUGGACAAGUAUCCAAGCCUAAUGGCUCCUCUCAAUAUAUGGGGUAUCCCAAUGGUGGAACCAAUGGACUUAAACCAGGAUAUGGAGCCAAAGCUAGAACCACGUACGGACAAGGAGCCAAGCCUCAGAAUGGAUUUGGAGGAUAUUCUAAUGGAGGUGCCAUAAAUCAACCUAAUACUGGCUCAUCUCAAUACAUUGGGUAUCCCAAUGGUGGAUUCAAGGGUCCCUUAAAUGGGCAAGGAGGCAGACCUUAUAAUGGUUACGGUGUUCCUGGAUAUACGUCAAAAGGACCUAAAGCAGCUAAUUCAGGGUAUAUGCCUGUAAUAACUGGAAAUAAGGGUGCUUCAAUUGGAAAGGGGCCAAAGGGGGAGAUUUUAAGUGCUGAAGCACCAAGUCAAGCACCACUGUCCAACACAAAGGGUGUUCUACCAGUUGCUCAACAAGAACCAGUUACAGGAUUACUUCCAAAUCAGGGAACUAAAGGCCUUCCAGUUCUGCAACAAACAAAGGGACAAAUUCUUCAAGCAUCAUUACCACAGAGUAAAACCCAAAACUCUAUGGUACCUCAGUUUGCUUCAAACCCAUUUAUGCAGGGCCCUAGCUCUUACAAACCUAGUAAAAUGUAUAAACCACCAACAUCUACAAUUCCAAUUGAAAAGCCAGAGAUUCCAGUAAUUCCUCAGUCAGUGCCUGCACCAGAAUCUGCGUUCAUUCCUCAAACAUCACAGACAACUCCACUAGAGCAGGAGCAAGUCCUUUCAUUGGAACAGAAAAGUCAAGUGACCGCACAACCAGUUACACAACAAGGCAGCAUUUCUUCUCAGGCGGCUCAAUCAACUCCAGUUUUGCAGCAAGCAGAAAUACAGUCAAACCCUGCUUUGCCUCAGUUGAAGAAUCCAACCACAACAAAUCCUGAACUCACUGGUCUAGAACAACCUAAUGGUCAGGUGCAGGGUGCUGUGCCGGCAAAGCCUGACUGUGGACCUGAAGGACGACCUAAUGGACAAUGGGUCAAACUUACAAAUCCUGGGUUUGGGUAUCCCAAUGGAAAAGGAGAAGGGUUAUCACAACCAGGCUUUGGAGCAGGAAUUGGUGGUUAUCCAACUCAGGGCAUGAACAAUGGCCACAAAGCAGGAUAUGGAGGCUAUGGAAACCAAUUAAAAAACCACGCUGGACUACAAGGUGGACCACCAGCACGAUUGGGAACAAAGGGAAAAUCUCAAACAAAAUAUGGAAUUGGUGGACUUCCCUUUGGUGGUUCCCCCAGUGGAUAUCAGUCCAACCCCUACGGACAAUAUGGUAAUGAUGGUCAGCGAUAUGGAGCUAAACCCUACAAUCCUAAAGCACCAGGAAAAUACGGAUAUGGUAGUUUACCAUACAACUCUCAGGCUUUUCCAGAAUCAGUUGCCAGAUCACCUGAUUUUGGAGGGUUUCCCUACAAUGGCCAGCCACUUGGAUAUGGCAGUGGCAAAUCCACUGGCAAAUAUGGACAAAAGGGUCCUCAAUAUGGUGGUCAGUCCCUUGGUCACGGGCCUGAUGCAAUUUCUGGAAAAUACGGGUCUCCUGAAUCCUUGUACACACCAGAAACGGUCAAUCUUGGAGGCAAUGCCAAAUCAACUAAAUAUGGUAAUCCAGCAGUAUCAUAUGAACUCCUCGGCCCUGUGACUGAUGGCCAAUCUGUUGAAGAAAACAGAAGCAUUGAGACUCUGCACCAAGGUCCUGAGAUUGAUGGACAAAAAGCUGUUGACAACUUUGGAGAUGGAGAGAUUCCACCCCAUCCUGAUGUUCCAGGAGCAGGAGAGGCGAAUGCACAAUCCACAGAAAAAUAUGGAACUGAGGAUUAUAAUGCUGGAAAACCACAACCAGAAGCUGUUUCCUUCCCUGCUGUUCCAACUGUGGGCCCUGCUGUCACCUCAUUAGACACCACUCUCUCGCUGGACGGUUCCUCUCCGGUUCCAGUCUCUGUACCUGAUGCUGUUCAUGAGGUGCCUGUGUCCCCCAUACUCCCUCAGCCUGACCUCCCCACUCUAAUGCUGCAACCAGCACCACCACAACAGAUCCAAAUACAGCAGCACCUCAAGCUUCAUUUUCAACCCCACAGCAACUCCCAGACAGGAAAGGAAGGCAAAUACAAAUUAAGUGGAUUCUUUGGAAAUAAAUACCAAGGGUAAUUUUGAAGAUCAAACUGCAAAACUGUGGUUUUCACUCGAUGUCUCUAUUUUACACUUCUUUUUUUGGUGAAUGUUGUACAUUUUCUGUUUCUUAAUGGGAAUAUUUUGUUAAACUCUAAUUUUGUGUUUUGAUUCCUUACAAUAAAAAUAAACAGCUGCUUGUACAAAAGACAUUUUAGAUUAAAUAUAACUAUAGCUAUAUUGCAUAUUUCUGUCUUUUUGCAUUUUUUAUUCCAUAACUUACAAACACGUACAGUUUUUUUCUGUAUUGUUUUAUGUAGAUCAGUUUUUUUAAAUACUAUUAUUUGUUUCUAAAAGCCAUUGUUAUUUAUUUCUUUAGUAUCCUGGGGCAAGGCCCAUGAAUGGUUUUGAAUAAAUAAAAAUGUAUAUUAA